GAUUCAGCAGCUUUUAAAGCAGCAGCAAUCUACCAAUGAGGAUGCAUCGACCGAACAGUAUAUGUCUGACUACACAGUUUCUGUUUUUGAAUGUGAGAAUGGUACCCCAAAGAAUAUGCUCGACAAUGAUGAACAACAAAACAAACAAGAAUAUGAAACAAACGUUUCAGAGAUGGACAAUGAGUUUUUUUUGUAAAAAAUCAAGAAUCUUCAAGUACACUAGGUGAUAAGAAUAUAGCUGUUCCUGGAGUUUCUAAGUCAACAAGUUCUUCAUCAUCUUCAAGCAGCUGUUGUAGUAGGUGUUCUAGUAGGUCUUCCAGUAGUAGUAGCUCUUCUUCGUCCUCUGAAGAUUGUGAAGACAUAAUUAACGAUCAUAACUAUGUACCAAAGAGUGACGAAGAAUCAGAAGAGUGUGAUAAAGAAAACCACGAUGACGGUAAUAAUGAGCCUAAUCAAACCUUAUCAGCAAACCAAGACAUUCCUAUUCUUGUUACACCCCCAAAGAAAGGCAAGAAACGUCAACGGAAUACUGAAAACUGGAAGAGAAAUCUUACAAAAAAAAAUGAGAAAUUGUGGUGAAGCCUACCAAACUCAUUCAAAAAACAAAAAGAUGAGACAAAAAAGACAAGUAAGGUAUCCGUGCAAAGAUUGUAAACUCAAGUGUCCAUCUAAAUUUACCGAAGAGGAGGGAAUACAGAUUUUUUUAAGCUAUUGGUCACUCGGUGAAUUUCAAAAACAGAGAGAGUAUAUUAACAAACUGUUGGUACCAGUUGUACCCCAAUAUCGGUAUAUUCGUGUCGGAGGUACAAGAAAACCCAGAGACAAAAACAACGCAUACUAUUUUGUAAAAGAAGGUAAGUAGAUUCGAGUUUGCAAAGUAUUUUUUGUAAAUAUUUUGGACAUACCUGAUCGCAUAAUAAGAACUGUGCAAGAAAAACGGAAUAAAGUUUUAGAGGUCCUCCUUGAUUCGGACAAAUGUGGAAGACACGGAAACCAGAAAUCGCUAAAUCCAGAAAUUCGGGAAGAUAUUAGACAGCACAUAACAUCAAUCCCAAGAAUUGAAAGUUAUUACUCGCGCCAAUACAUCCCGAAUAUUUAUUGAUGGUAGCCGCUCAUUGGCAGAUAUUCAUAGAGACUAUAUUGAAAUCUGUAAACAAAGAAAUAGACCUUUUGCAAGUUACGCAAUUUUCCAUGAAGUUUUUGUCAAAGAAUUUAAUAUUUCUUUCUUUACACCCAAGAAAGACCUUUGCGAAACAUGCGUAUUUUCAUUAAAAUAUCUAAGCCAAAAUAUUUUAUUAAUGUUUCUUGAACUGUAUUUUUAUUUGUAGUUUUCUUAUUUUGUAACUUCUUGUUUUUAACAAGUUGACAUAUUAAAAUUAUUUGCCAAAAA